AUGUUGUUUCCAGAAGAAGAUGCUGGAGAAUUGAAGAAGUGGAUUAUCAAGAGACUUGAAAAUACGUCAGAUGCAGAUGCCGAUGUCCUCGCCGAUUAUGUUCUUGCUUUAUUGCGACAUGAUGGAGAUGUAAACACAGUUCGACAACUUUGCCUGGCUGAAAUUCCCGAUUUCUUAAAAGAGGAUACAUCGAUUUUCGUACGCGAUGUCUUCGAUGCCCUUCAAUAUAAGACUUAUCUAAGUGGCGGGCCACCUCGUCGCCCCUCACAACCAUUUGCGCCACCUACUGGACCAUCAGGUGCACCCUUCAACAAUCUAAAUAUGGGAGCUCCAAUGGGCCAUCCAAACGGUUCCCGAAAGCGCACAUAUGAUGGGCGAGGCGAUGGAGAUUCUCAGAUGUAUAUGGGUGGAGAUCAAAAUGCGCGCGCAUAUAAACAACCGCGAAGAGGUGGCGGGGCAGGACGCGGGAACUUUGAUAAUUUCAAUAAUGGUAGAGGAGGAUUCCAAGGUCGUCCGCAACAUAUGCCAAUGCCUAAUGCGCCGUUCCCUAAUAUGCAGGGCAUGCCAGGUUCCCCGACAGGAUUACCUCCACUUGAUCCGAACAAUCCAAUGGCAGCUCUUCUUGCUAUGCAGCAAGCGAUGGACGCGAUGGGUCUACCUCUUCCUCAGGGUAUGCCAGGAUUCCCUCCCAAUGGAUCCCCACAAAAUAGAGGGCAAGCAGGCCCAAUGAGCCAAAGGAAGCAACGAUGUCGAGAUUAUGACCAGAAAGGAUUUUGCGCCCGAGGAAAUACUUGCAUGUAUGAGCACGGUCAAGAUUCGAUAUAUGUUCCAGGAGGUGCGGGCAAACCUACAGACGAAUACGACCCAAGUAACGCGUCGCUUAUGACUGGUAAACUGAACCAGAAUGACAAUGGCCAAGGGCCGGCAUCAUUCGGUGGCCUUGACAACAACCGUGGCGGUAUGGGACGUGGUAGAGGGCACUCUAUGGGUAGAGGUGGAUCACAAAUGCAUGCUGGUAGAGGUGGGAGACGAGCAGAAUUUUCUUCAGACCGACCAAAUUUCAAUACGAAUAAUACCACAAUCGUCAUAGAACAAAUUCCGGAAGAAAAAUUCUCAGAAGAAGCUGUUCGGGAAUUUUUCUCAGAGUUCGGCAACAUAAAGGAGGUGGAUAUGAGACCAUAUAAAAGAUUGGCUUUGGUCAAAUAUGAUGAUUGGAACGCGGCAAAUACAGCAUACAGCUCACCCAAGGUCAUUUUUGACAACAGAUUUGUGAAGGUCUAUUGGUACACAAACCCUGAAGCACUUCCAAAACCUCCGGGCAAUGCAUCGUCUAAUGGCACAACCAAUAAUGGUACUCAUGGCCCAUUUCCUACAAGAGAGACGGAUGAACCUCAGAUUGAUAUCGAAGAGUUCACAAAGAAGCAGCAAGAAGUACAAAGAGUGCAUGAGGAAAAGAUGAAGAAGAAACAGGAAAUGGAAGCCACUCGUAAGGAGUUGGAGAGACGCCAAGAAGAGCUUCUGAAAAAUCAAGCCGAGGAAAAGAGGAAAUUGAUGGAGAAACUUGCGGCUAAGACUGGCAAAUCUGCAUCUCCCGGCGUCAAGGCUGAGGAAGGGUCUCCCGCGCCCAAAACUUCAUCUCAAACAGAAGCUUUGAAAAAACAGCUGGCUGCUUUAGAGGCAGAAGCUCAAUCUUUAGGCUUGCCAAACCUGGAUAACCCUCUUUCUGAUGAUACAUGGGGUGGACGUGGUCGAGGACGUGGUGGCUAUAGAGGAAGAGGUACUUUUGCUCCCCGUGGUUUCCGUGGAGGUUACAGAGGACGUGGUGGUGCUCCAUUUGGUGGAAGUGCUCCUGCCCGCUACACUCUUGACAAUCGGACAAAGAAAAUUGCUGUUAGUGGUGCAGACUUUACAAAUCCACAAAUAGACGAGAGUCUGAGGGAACAUCUUUUGGGAAUUGGUGAAUACACUGAGCUCACUAAUACAGCAAACGGUUGUCACAUAACAUUCAAAGAUCGCCACACAGCUGAGAAAUUUAUGUUCGGUCUUCAAAACGGUGAAAUCCCAUCAGUAGGAAAGGUUGAUUUAUCAUGGAUUCAAACACCAUUGCCACCAGUUACAUUGUCUAAUACUCAGAAUUCAUCUGGGAGUAGUAGAACGGAAUCAGAUGUCAAGAUAGAAGGUGGAAUGGAAGGUGAUGCCAUGGCUCAAGAUUCUCCUUCAAUGAAUAUGAGUGGGACAGGUGCCGACAGAGAUAUGCAAGAGAAUAUCGAUUAUGAUGUUGCGGGUGAUGAUGACUGGGGCGUGCAGUAA